AUGAUAAGAUCACAGAAUACCAGGUCAUUACCAAUUGUUCACAGUGAUGAUAAUACUAAAUAUGUCAUAUCUGCAGAAUUCGACAAUAAACAAGGUGCAAUAUUAAAAUAUCAAUAUCCUAAAUGUAUCCCUGGGUUUAAGACUAACACUCAAGGUGCUUACACGACAACGGAAGACGGUCACAUUUUAAAUAUUGCUAGUUUAAUGAUUCCUGAUAGUGUCGAAAGAAACCCAGGGAAACCAGAUUUUACAAUGUUUGUUUUAUAUAAGGAUACACAGACACAAGAAUAUAAACUAUUCCCAACAGUGGAACAUCCAAUAAAUCAUAUAGAUCUUAGCAAGGGAGAUAUACUAUCUGAACAAGAUGAACUAGAAACAACAAGCGAACUUUCUGGAGUCUCCACAUUAAACAAGGAUGAAUCUGAUGAUACAUUAUAUUUUUUAAAUGUAGUGAAUACUAUUAUCGAUGAAUCAAAUGAACGUGGGGCAAGUAUACAAGCAAUUGCUAUGGGAACUUCCAUGAGAAACUUUUUGAUAUUCAAACCUUUAAUUGUAAUGGUCCUUCAUUAUUAUAUGACAUAUCCAAGAGAGGAUAGAUUACAGGUGUUAAUCGAUUUUUUUGUAAUGAUCAACUCCUUAGAUAUAUCUUUACUAAGAACAAUACACUCAAGGUUUAGACUUCAAAGGAUAUUACAAUCAAUAACAGACUUGGAUGUGAUAAAUACAAUAUUUGACUCAAAUAUGGACAAUUAUUCAAGGAUCAUGAAGUUUGAUAAAAGGAUAGAUGAAGAUUCAUUUGGAAACAGGCUUAUUAUACAAAAUGGGAAAAUUGCACAAUAUUUUAACACGUUCCAUCCAGUGGUAUUAUCUGAAUUUCUAAUCCAAUUACCCCUAAGGGCUAAUCUAAUAAAAACAGAUCCUAUCCCUUUAGAAUUAAAUUAUAACAAUAAAAUACUAAAAUUUCUUUCACUUCUAAUACCCGAAAUCAAUAAGUUAGAUAUUACCUCAUUUGUGAGAAAGUUAGUUAUAAAUUCAACAUAUUUCUCGAAGGACCUUAUUUCACAAUUUGUAUUAUCAUUAUCAAAUUUGAUGGGUGGACACAGUCAUGGUAACUCUGUUCCAUAUUUCAAAAACCACCCUGUAUUAUUUUUUCCAUACAUGGAUAUUAGUAUGGUCGAUGCUUUAAGGAGUCACAUCGAGCCUGAAUCUGAUUUUGCUAAUUCGUUUGUUAUCAUUGGUACCGCAAACCCUAUCUUUAAGUUCCAACCUGAUGUAUGGGAUUUCUAUUAUGAUUUAGACAAUGAAUUGUUAUAUAAUAGUGAUAAAGCAGGACAAGAAAAAUUAACUUUAAAACAAGAAUUGAAAAAUGGAACCAGUUCCUUUAAAAAACUAUUAGUUAACCCUCACAGUGCAACGUUUAGUGCCAUCUUAAACAAUCUUGACGAAGAAUCUACAGAUUUACAUUAUAAAAAUAGAACUGGAUUGACAUUGAAAUUUAUACAAUAUUUACAAGAUGGUGUGCAUGAUAACGAAACAGUAAAAAGCGUUUUCAGAAGAAUCUGUAUUUUACAAAUAAUAGCCCUCCUACCUACUGAAAAUGACAAAAUAAAAAUAAUUGUACCAAAGAAAAUUCCAAAUAGUGAACUUUCAUUAAAAGAUGAGUACAUAAAUACCUACAGAGACUUUGUAUUCUUUCCACAUUAUUUUGAAUAUUCUAGUAUCCAGAUGAUUAAACAAAUGAAUGCAUUAGUUAUUGCUUUGGAUAAUUUAAAAACAUUAGAUUUACCGACUACGUCAACAGAGAAGAUAUAUUCCGAAAUAUCGAUCGUAUAUGAGAUAAUCAAAAGUAUAUUUGUUACAAUUUGUACAAAUAAACAAAAAUUGGAUGAUUUUAUUGAUAUUCUUUUGAAUUUUCCAGAUUUACAAUUAAGCACAACAUUCAACCUAAGAAGACAAGAUUUUAACAGAUUGGAUUUGGAGAAAAUAUUCAAAUCUAACAAACAAACUGAUUAUGAUGGAAAAUCUUAUGAAUCAUUAGGAUUUGUAGACAAUUUUAUUAAAGUAAAUGGCCUAGAAUAUAUUGCUACAUUUCUUUCGUUCAGUGUUAACGAUACCACUACGUUAUUUUCUCCGAACUUACAUCUAAAAUAUAAAACUAACAUUGGGCGUUCCAGGUCGCUCAAAAAUAUUUUUUCAUUAAAUCAAAUAACAUCUUCUAAUUCUCAUUUAGAAUAUUCAUCUCCUGGAGGGUCUCCAAAGAAGAGAAACACUAUCUCCAAUUCUCCAAAAAAUAUUUCUGGUGGUUCUAUUGUACUAGAGAAAAGAAUAAUCAAAAUAAAGCGUGUGGUCACUAAAUUGUUAAUGAAACUAGAGAGGCACCCUAUAGGACCCAUACUACUUGAAAAAUACCUGUCGAAACAAUCUUGGUCUCUUUUCACCAGUUCAAAAGGUGGAAUCAUCAAGUCAAGAGCUAUGAUGUUUGAAAAACCUCCUUCUAAAUUUCAACCUAGACAUACAACUCUGCCAUCUUCACAUUCCAGAACCAACCUCUCUAAUGAGAUAGGGACCAUUAUUGAACACCCAGACAGAUCUCAAGACUUUUCUAAUGACACAUUCGAUGAUUCUGUAAAUAUAUCUAUGGAAACAGGUAUAUCCGGUAUUGUUUCCAAAGCAAAUAAACAUCACAGUGAAAUAUUUUAUGACGCACAAUGA